UCUACCACAGAAACAAAACCGUGGACUCCGUAUGAUAGCAACUUCUUAAACUUUGCACCUUUCUUUUUAUCUGUAGAUUUUAAAACAUUAAAUCUUGCAACAGGAGAUUCUGGUGACGAUGGGUGUACCUAAAUUUUACCGAUGGAUUUCGGAGCGAUAUCCUUGCCUCAGUGAAGUUGUCAAGGAGCAUCAGAUUCCCGAGUUCGACAACCUCUACCUGGACAUGAAUGGCAUCAUUCACCAGUGCUCCCACCCCAACGACGAGGACGUCCACUUCCGUAUCUCGGAGGAGAAGAUUUUUGCCGACAUUUUCCACUACCUGGAGGUGCUCUUUCGCAUCAUCAAGCCGAGGAAAGUGUUCUUCAUGGCCGUUGAUGGCGUUGCCCCCAGAGCCAAGAUGAACCAGCAGCGUGGGAGAAGAUUCAGGUCUGCGAAAGAGGCGGAGGAUAAGAUAAAGAAGGCUCUGGAGAAAGGAGAGGUUCUUCCCACAGAGGCCCGCUUCGACUCAAACUGCAUAACGCCAGGCACAGAGUUUAUGGCCCGGCUCCAGGAGCAGCUGAAGUAUUUUGUCCACAAUAAACUGUCCACUGACAAGUCGUGGCAGGGGGUCAGCGUGUACCUGUCCGGUCACGAGACGCCCGGAGAAGGGGAGCAUAAGAUCAUGGAGUUCAUUCGGUCAGAGAACGCCAGGCCGGGUCACGACCCCAACACCCGCCACUGUCUGUACGGACUGGACGCCGACCUGAUAAUGCUCGGUCUGACCAGUCAUGAGCCCCAUUUCUCCCUCCUGAGGGAAGAGGUCCGCUUCGGUGGGAGGAAGGCCCAGAAGAGAAUUACAGCGCCUGAGGAGACAACAUUCCACCUGCUGCACCUGUCACUCAUGAGAGAGUACAUCGACUACGAGUUCUCCGAGCUCAAGAAUAAGAUCUCGUUUGAGUACGACCUUGAGCGGAUCAUCGAUGACUGGAUACUGAUGGGUUUCCUGGUGGGAAACGACUUCAUACCUCACCUUCCUCACCUGCACAUUAACCACGACGCUCUGCCCCUCCUCUACCGCACCUACAUCAGUGUACUGCCCAGCCUAACGGGUUACCUCAACGAGAACGGCAACUUGAACCUCGUCAACUUCCAGAAGUACCUGGAAAAAUUGUCAGAGUUCGACCGGGAGCACUUCAGCGAGGUGUUCGUGGACCUGAAGUGGUUCGAGAGCAAGGUGGGGAACAAGUACCUGAACGAGGCUGCGGGGCUGGCGGCGGAGGAGGCCCGCACUCAGGAGGGCAGGAGGAGCAAGGUCCAGGGGGACUCGCUCUCUCUCACCGUUCUGGAUGGGGGCAAAGAUUUGGGCACCCUCCCGACCAGAGACUGUGCGGAGGAGGACGGGGAGGAGGACGACAUCUUUGAGACGGAGUUCCGGCAGUACAAGCGCACGUACUACAUGACCAAGAUGGGCGUGGACGUGGUCUCAGAUGAGUUUCUGGCCAAUCAGGCCCUUUGUUAUGUGGAGGGCAUUCAGUGGAUCCUGCAUUACUACUACCAUGGAGUCCAGUCCUGGAGCUGGUACUACCCGUACCACUACGCCCCCUUCCUGUCGGACGUGAGGAACAUCGCGGGGCUCAGGCUGCAGUUCCACCUGGGCCAGCCCUUCAUGCCCUUUCAGCAGCUGCUGGGGGUCCUGCCUGCUGCCAGCAAAGACCUGCUGCCCCAGAGCUACCAGCACCUGAUGAUGUCAGAGGGCUCCCCCAUCAUAGAGUACUACCCCCUGGACUUCAAAACCGACCUGAACGGCAAGCAGCAGGAGUGGGAGGCUGUGGUGCUCAUCCCCUUCAUCGACGAGAAACGGCUGCUGGCAGCGAUGGAGCCCUACACUCCUCUGAUGAGUGCGGACGAGAAGGCGAGGAACAGACACACGGAGUGCGCUCUGUACCGCUUCGACGGCGAGCUGGAGUACUCCUACAGCUCCCCCCUGCCUGAGCUCUUCCCCCACGUCCUGCACUGCCACGUCAGGCAGACGCCCAUCCCCAUGGACGCGUGGCACGUGCCGAUUGGCACCGUGGUGAAGCGGGCGGAGGCCGGGUCGCUGUACUUCUGCGGGUUCCCCACCCUCCAGCACAUUCGGCACACGUUCUGUAAGAAGAAGGCAGGGGUGGUGGUGUUUCAGCAGAGCAGCCGGGGGGAGAACACGAUCCUGGAGAUCACGCGCGGCCAGCAGAGGGAGCCGGAGUGUGAUGACGUGGCGUCCUUGGUCCUGGGGAGGUCUGUGUUUGUGAACUGGCCCCACCUGGAGGAAGCUCGGAUCAUAGCUGUGUCUGACGGAGAGACGAAGUUUAGCCUGGACGAGGCCCCAGGUGCGCAGACGCUGUACCUUGUCAACACGCCGCCGCCCACCAAGGUGGCUUACCUGAGCGACAAGGAGCAGAAGGAUUGGCUGAAGGACGUGCAGGGCUUCACUGAACAUUUCUGUAAGAGGAAAGGGAUCGUCAUUAACGAGACGGCGGUAGUGCUCUACGGGCAGCUCCUAACAGGGAGGAAGUACGUGGUGGGCCACAGCGGCCAGGUCCGUCUGGAGAAGCAGUGGGCCAAGCAGGUGCUGCCCUUCCCCUACCAGACCAUCGUCCAGGACAUCAAGGCCUUCGACCCUGCCUUCUCCCGCUUCAAAACCCUGGAGGAGCUGUUUCCCCCGACGACCACCGUCUUCAUGGUGGGGAACCCGUAUUACGGGGCCAUGGGAGAGGUUCAGGAGUCUGGUGAUGUCAUCAACGAGGGACGGGUGCGGGUGGUUUUCACCGUGCCGUGUGAACCUCAGCUGGACUCCUUAAUACAGAACCAGCAUAAGUACUCGGUGAAGUACGGCCCAGGCUAUGUUCUGGCGUCUCGGUUGGGCAUCACCAGUUACCUGGUGUCCAGGUUCUCCGGCAGCAUCUUCAUCGGAAGAGGCUCCAAGAAGAACCCUCACGGGGAGCAGAAGGCCAACGUGGGCCUGAACCUGAAGUUUAACAAGAAGAACGAGGAGGUCCCGGGGUACACCAAGAGGACCGAGAAGGAGUGGCUCUACUCUGCAGCCGUCGAGGAGCUGCUGGCAGAGUACCUGGAGAGGUUCUCGGAGGUGUUUGACCUGGUCUCCAGAAAUAGUCACGAUGACGUCUUCUACGAGGAUGACAUCUGGCCAGGAGAGGACGAGAACGGGGCUGAGAAGGUCCAGGAGAUCACAUCCUGGCUGAAGGCACACCCCGUUAGCUCCUGCUCCCGAGCGUCAUGUGACCUGCAGAUCCUUGACUCCGGCAUCGUGGAGAAAAUCGAGGAGGAGCUGGAGAAGUCCAAGUUAAAGAAGAGCAGCAAGAAAGUCAGAGUGACCGUGAAGCCACACCUCCUGUUCAGGCCCCUGGAGCAGCAGCAUGGUGUGGUUCCUGACCCUGAUGCAGAGUACCGGCUGUUUGACCGUGUGGUGAACGUGAGAGAGAGCUUCACCGUGCCCCUGGGGCUGAGGGGAACCAUCGUGGGCAUCAAGGGGGCUGACAGGGAGGCGGAGGUUCUGUAUGAGGUGGUGUUUGACGAGGAGUUCGCUGGAGGUCUCACCAUCCGGUCUUCCCCGGGGCGAGGUUACCGCCUGCCCCCCAGUGCCUUAAUCAACCUGACGCACGGCAGCCGCCAGGAGUUCGGUGGCCACAAGCUGACCGCCAUCGUCAAGCCCCAGCCCGCGUCCUCCACCAAUCACGGCCAAAGGGGUCAGCCGGGGGGCCUAGGCCACGCCCCCCGCUCACCGUUAAUACCCACACAGCAACAGAAUGGGAGACGAGGCUUCAACCUCAGGGCUGAACCUCUGACUAACAGAAACUCGCCUCAUAAGAAGAACAUGCAGAAGGGGUCCUGUGCUGAUGAGGAGUUCAGUAAUGUGUGGCAGUCUCUGCAGGGGUCCGGAUUGCCCCAGAUGCCCCCAACACAGUGGCAGCACAAUGCUGGUAAAGGUGGCUGGGGGUCUUGCUCUCCAGGACAGAAGAGGCAUCAGGAAGUCCAGCAACAUCAGGAUCCUCAGCCCUCACAGCCUCACAGCAAGCCUAGUCCAGCUGGAAACAUCAGAGUUCUGAAGAGGAACGAAGACUUCAGCUCGCUGUUCCCCUCCCAGAACACACCGAACAAGAGCACCUCUGAGUUUGAUGACCUGAUUGCGAACCUGAAGCUCUCUAACACCAGCCUGGGCCCGCCCCCCCAGCCCAGAGAGGGCAGCGCCCCCGAGCCCCUGUCCCCUCAGUCAUUCGCCAUGAAGGGAACUCUUAUGUUGAAGGAAAUGUUGAAGAUUGACAGCUCAGGUGGCCCUGGCCCCGCCCCUGACUCCGCCCCUCCAGCCACCACUCUGAACUCUUCCAGCGGCGUUGGGCAGCACCCCGGCAGGAGGAAGCCGUCCAAAAAACUGGCCGCCCGGAUCAACAAGCCCCCGGGAGAGUCGCCGGGACAACCGCUGGCCCCCCCGCCGGCCUGCGGCCCCCCUCCCCCCCUCAUCCCCACCGUGGCCUCGGAGCUGGCCCGGAUCUGCAUGGGUCUGGGCAUGGCCCCCCCCGAAUUCGCCUUCAUUCGCAGCCCCCAGGGCCUGACGGUGUGCCAGGUGAAGCUGGCCAGUGGGCUCCUGGUGCACGGGCCGCAGUGUCAGACGGAGAACGAGGCCAAGGAGAAGGCGGCGCUGUUCGCUCUCCAGCGCCUGAAUUCGGUGGGCUCCGGGUUCCCCCUCACUCCCCCGCUGUUCUCCAGCAUGCAGCAGAUGAGGGCGCUGGCAGCAGGACCCAUCCCCUCUGUUUUCAGCCAACCGCCUGGGGGUCUACUGAUGCACCCCCAGGCUCCUGGCUACGCCCCCCUGCACUGGCCCGGCCACGCCCACCUCCCCCACCAGGGCCCCCCCUUCUACCAGGGCACGUACCCCGGGGCCCGGGGCCCGGCCCCCGGCCUCCCCCUGGGGUCCCACAACCAGUUCAUCCCCCUGCAGGUCACGAAGAAGCGCGUUUCAGGCCGGAAGAACGCGGAAACGAGAGAGUUCUACAAUUCAGGCUACGCGGGCCGGCACCAGGGAGGCGAGGCCCCCCACGCCCCCCCUCAGCCCAGCCUCGGUACGCCGCCCCCAAAGACCCCCCCCGUCACCCCGGAGGCCCAGGAGAAGGCCACGCCCGCCACGCCCAACACCCCCAGGCAAAACCCCGCCUCCCACACCCCUGGCUCCGCCUCCAAGAGGAAACCCAGGAAACUGGCGGUGAACUUUGAGGCUGGGAAAGUCUUGAAAUGAGAUUACCUUCUGUGCUGUCUUUUUUUUAUAUUUUAUUAUUAUUUAAGAAAAAGACUGGGUAUUGUAGUUCAUUACAGAGUACAAAAACUACAGCAGCUGAAUGACUGCAGCCAAGAUGAUGCGUUAUUUUCCUGUCCCAAUCGAGUUUUAGUGAUUUCAAUCACAGCACCUGUUAUUGGGUCACAUUCUUAUUUCGAUAUAUUCAGGGGAAAAUUUGGGGAGGAUACUUUUUCAUUUUCUCUCGUUUUUCAAGCUUAGCAAUUUUGUAUAACAUUUUUUUCUUUUCUUUUUUAUCAUCAGACAUUAUGUUUUUUGUUUUAGUUUUUUCUUUUUCUUUUUCUUUUCUUUUUUAUCAUCAGCCAUUAUGUUUUUUGUUUUAGUUUUUAUUUUAUUUUUAUUUUUUAUUUUUUCUUUCACUUGUCAGAUUGUUCCUUUUUUUCUGCACAUGUUUUUACUUCAAACCGUACAUUUUUAAAUGUUUUAUUGCAAAUGUUUGCUGUCUUUUGAAGUCUGAAUUUGAAGAUACUUCACCCUGGGCGCACAACCCACCCCUCAAAAUAAAGGAAAUGCCCCUUCAUAACAUAAAAAAAUAUAUAUAUAUCAAACACUGUCAACACAAACAGCACAAUUCCCAUCUGCUGUAAAACUGAGUUUAGUCCCUGCCCAACUCGGACAAAACUAAUAUUCUGCAACUGGAAGCUUUAUCGUCUUAAGUGAGUCAACAUAACUGAAACAAACCUGACUGACUACUCUGCUUUACAUUUAAUCUCUUUACUAGCUUAUUUGUGCAUUCUUUUUUUGAUUUUAGUUUUUUUCCGGGCUCAUGUUCUGUACUGUUCUGUCCGUUUUUCUCUUUCUUGAAUAUCAUGUCAUGAGUUUUCUUCUCCAAUGCACCGACAUUGAGAGAGUAUAAAUUGAGUUUUUUUUUUUUUUUUUUUUUUAAUCACUUGUUCUACAUGUAUUUUUAUGACGGGCCCCUUUUUAAGACUGAAAUUAAAAUGCGUUAGUCUCUUGUUGUAAUUUGUAUGGCAGUUACGACAGAUAAAGGCUACCAGAAACAUUUGUAUACCUGUCUUGUUUUCGGAACGGAUUUCACACUGCUCCCUAAAAUAUAUUCGGUGAUUUGGCACAGGGCGGCCAAUUGCGUUUUAAAAUGUUGAACUUUUUUUGUUUGAAAUUAAAUUGAUUACAUAAAGCAACAAAGGUGCUGGAAAACGUAUAUUGCAGACGCAUUUUCCAUUUGGGAAAUGGUGUAAAUAUCCAUAUAAUAAAACCUUUGUUAUCUGUA